AUGGUAUUGUGCAUGCCUGUAGACUGGGGUUGUAUUCCCAUGUUAUGGAAGCUGAAAAAUGAACUUUUGGAAGCAAAACGUAGAAGUGGGAAGACUCAACAAGAGACCAACAGGGUCUGUGCUCACUGUCAGAGAAACCUGGGCUUGAUAUUCGACCGCGGAGACCCGUGCCAGGCCUGCUCACUCAGAGUGUGCAGCCAGUGCCGGGUCUCAGGCCUUGGUGGCAGCUGGCGCUGCACCGUCUGUGCCAGAGUCGCGCAGCUAAGGACUGUAACUGGUGAAUGGUUUUUUGAAGAAAAGGCAAAGCGUUUCAAGCACGUCAGUGUUCUGGGCACUGAUGUCGUCCGACAGUCCAUCUUAAGAAGAAGUCCAGGAGCUGAAGAAAUACAAAGCCAAGAACAAACCCACCAGAAUGCAGAAAAGUCAGACGCUUCGCUUUCUGCUGGGCGGAAGGCCAGCCACGAUGGGCCCAGGAAAAAGGGAUUUCUUCUUAGCAAGUUCAGAUCAGCAACCAGAGGAGAAAUUGUAACUUCAAAAACUGAAAGUGGGCGGAGCUACAGCUUGGACUUAGACAGCCAAAAUUUUCGGAGUUUAAAGUCAGCCCCUGGUUCAGACAGGGGAAGUACUGGUUCAUCAGGUUCCAACGAGCAGGAAGCUGGUCCUGGAACUCCAAAGAGCAUCCGGAGCAGUGGUGUGACCCCAGUCACUCAGAGGUCACCGGCGCCAAGCACACGCAGCGUGACCUCAGUCAGCAGUCGAAAGGAACACGGUUUUGAAAAUUCCAUGGAUUUGGCUGCCAUUGAAAGCACCUCUGAGGAUCACACAAAGAGUCAUCACCGAAAAACUUCUGGCGCACCUUCCAUAGCAGUGUCCACGGCCUCCCUCUCCUCAGACCGGAGUCGAUCUGAGUUAGAUUUGAGUGGGUCAUUUACAGAAGACUUAGAGGAUACUGUAAGCCUAAGAAGCAAGUCUGUCCCUGGGGCUUCAGACAAAGACUUGGACUACUUGGAAGAGACAGAAGAAGGCAUUGAUGACUUAGCGUCCUCUCGGUUUUCUGCAAACACCCACAGUCUAGCAAGUGGCCUGUCAGCCACCAGCCUGAACAGCAUGAUGAGUGUUUACAGUGAAACAGGAGACUAUGGCAACGUGAAGGUCAGCGGGGAAAUCCUUCUCCACAUCAGCUACUGCUACAAAACUGGCGGGCUCUACAUUUUUGUCAAGAAUUGCAGAAAUCUGGCCAUAGGAGAUGAAAAGAAACAGAGGACAGAUGCUUAUGUCAAGUCAUACCUUCUUCCUGACAAGUCUAGAAAUAAUAAGCGCAAGACCAGAAUCAGAACAGGCACCAAUCCAGAAUUCAAUGAAACACUGAAGUAUACCAUCAGCCAUACCCAGCUGGAAACGAGAACUCUGCAGCUCUCAGUCUGGCAUUACGAUCGAUUUGGACGGAACAGCUUCCUUGGGGAGGUGGAGAUUCCUUUUGACUCAUGGAACUUUGAAAAUCCAAGUGAUGAGUGGUUUGUCCUUCAGCCCAAGGUGGAAUUUGCUGAGGAUAUCGGCCUUCAGUACAAGGGAGAGCUGACAGUCAUUUUACGUUACAUACCCCCAGAGGAGAACCUGACACCUCCACUAGGACAGCUUCAAGGAAAGAAGCCCUUUAAACGAGGAAAGAAGAAGGAUUCUCCUGUCAUCUCUGGAGGAAUCCUAGAAGUGUUCAUCAAAGAGGCGAAGAAUUUGACAGCCGUGAAAUCAGGAGGCACUUCUGAUAGCUUUGUGAAGGGCUACCUGCUCCCUGAUGAUAGCAAAGCCACCAAGCACAAAACUCUGGUAAUAAAAAAGAGUGUCAACCCUCAGUGGAAUCAUACUUUCAUGUUCACUGGCCUGCAUCCCCAGGAUAUAAAGAAUGUUUGCCUAGAACUUACCGUCUGGGACAAGGAGGCCUUUUCCAGCAACAUCUUUCUGGGAGGAGUUCGUUUGAAUUCUGGAAGCGGUGUGAGCCAUGGGAAGACCGUGGAUUGGAUGGACUCUCAUGGGGAAGAGCAACGCCUCUGGCAGAAGAUGGUAGACAAUCCUGGGACUCUGGUAGAGGGCGUACUCAUGCUCCGUGCCAGCAUGGGGAAGAGUAAGCUCUGAAGGUACCAGUUCUCCAAAAUGAGGCCUCUUGGGACUGUCUGGGUGUUAUUUCCUACCAGUAGCAGGCUUGGGACCUGGAGUCUGCUUCCCUGCCAUUUCUCACCUGAGGGUAUUGGGACAUGAGAGGAGAGAUAUCAGUGUUAUGAACACCUAGGGUCUUGCCAGGUGUCUAAAAAAGCAUGUACCUCUCUAUGUGCAUGGGCCAGGGCUUUUUUGAUUGGGUGAUAGAAAGUAUACCACACUGUCGUGUCAACAAGCAAAUUGUGCAAUGAUUCAUAGGCUUUAUACCGUAGGGGAAAUGGCACAUGCUUAUUUGAAGCUGCAGUUGAGAUUGGGAGUCCCCAAACUUUUUCUAAUUUGUGAGUGACUUUAGGUUUUCUCUAGGUUUGAGGGAAAAGGGGGCCACUUGGAAUGUGGACCACUUGAAGUGUAAGAAGAGGGGAUAGUGGGAAUCCCCAUGAUCCAAAGGAGGCAUUGUGGGUAUGGACGCUGGG